CAGUGCGGCUGCCAACGAGACGUCACCGCAGCCGCGGCGCAGAAGCCGCGAGAAGGGCUCGCACUGUGCGACUGGCCGCCGACGGGAGUCGACCGCAAGCCCCCUGGGCAGUGCUGUGUGCUCAACGCUCUAGAAAGUACCGCUGAAGUACCGACGUUCGGGACUAGCCCGAGCCAUCGCGUCGCCGCCGCUGGUGCUGCAGCCGCUAGCGCCCUCGAGAUGCUGUGUCUGUGCCGCGCGCGCCCGCGCCCCCGCGACGGGCGAUGCGACGACCGCGCCGCGCGCAUGGCGCGCCUGCUGUCGGCCGCGCUGCUGCUGCCGCUGAUGGCGCGCGGGCCCGCGGCGCCGCUGCUGGCCGCGCUGCUGCUGCUGGCCUACGCCGCCGCGCUCUCCGCGCUGCCCGCGCCGCCCUCGCGCGCGCGCCUCCUCCUCGCCGCA